AUGGAGUUAAGAAUUGAUGGCCCGCUUCAGGUUCACAUCCUUGCUGAUGUGCAAGUAUCAUUAUCUAGGGAUUUUUCAAGGAGUACUCUACCUCAACUCACCUAUGACCUCGGCUCAUAUCUUUCUAUCGGCGACCUCGGGCUCACUUCACCUGACCAGAGACUGCAACGAUUGCUCAAGGAUCCUAUGAAUCCCCAAGUAAAAUUGGUCCAGGGGUGGGUUGUGGAGCAUCUGGCAUGCUUCUAUUAUAUGAUCUUGUGGACUUUCCCAGAUGAGAAGCCGUUGGUUAUUUGGCUUAAUGGAGCUUGUAAACAAUUAAGAAGUGUUGGUGUGAGUAUGGUUAUUGUUGCUGUUGCGGAUUCUUGGCUACCAGUUGUAGCUUUGCAGUAUUGGGAUUCACAACUUCAUGGGACUGAAUUGGAAAACGCACAUAAUCUUGCACAGGAGAAUGGUGUAAAUGAUUUCCUUCUUCUUGGAAACUUAGAGAAAGCUGUAAAAGAAAUUGUUGAUCAGCCACUUCCACUUGUUGAUGGGAUUGAAGAUCAGCUUGUGGAGUUUUCAGAAGCCAUGAGAUGUCCAACAUUUGCUGAGAGUUCUGUAAACUUUGAGCAAAAAGUAGGAGGCUCAGGAUCCAUGAAACACCUUCCAAUUAAGCUUGAAAGUGGUGAAAAAACUCAAAGGUGUUGUGGAGAAAAUGGGAUUUGCUCUCAUUGGGAAACUCCUCCUCAGACUGGGCUUAUUUUGACAAAAUCAAAUUCAACUUCAGUCAAAAUCCUUUGUGCAGAAAUGCUCAGGUCUUGUUGA